GGAGGGAAAUAAAAGGAGCGAAGGAGAUCAAAGGCAGCGGAUCAAGAAAAUGGAGACCAUAAGUGAUUUCAGAAGGAUGACCAAGAUGACGGAGUGCGUAUUCGGACUUGUAGGAGAUGGCUUCGUGAUUGUGGCGGCGGAUGCGGCGACGGGGUUAGGAUGCGUUAGUCCCAAUACCACCGCGGACAAGAUCACGGUCCUCGAUUCUCACAAGCUCAUCGCCGCUAUUGGUUAUCCUGGGGACAGGUAUCCGUUCAUGGAUUCCAUAAAGGAGAAGUUGGCUCAGUCUCAGGGGGAUGGGAUCCCUUGGACCACUCUCGCCACCGCCAGAUUCAUCCGUGGCGAGCUCGACGCUGCUUUGCGCAAAGGCGAGGUUGAGAGAGUGAGCAUGCUGGUUGCGGGCUAUGACGAAGGGACAGGCCCUUCCUUUUACCAUAUUGACUGCACUGCUUCACUUAAAACGGCUAAGAAGGGAGUUUUUGAUGGUGAUGGCCGCUAUUAUGGACUCCGAAUGUUGGUCGAUCGCUACAAAAGCGGAAUGUCACUGGAAGAAGCAAUUCGUUUGGUGGAUGAUUGCAUGGCGGAACUGAAAUCCAGGCGGAUUGUGAAGUCAGAAAACUAUGGUGUCAAGAUCAUUGAUAAGGAUGGAGUAAGAGUGCACAAACCAGUUGAUGAUUCUGCUAUUCUUCGGCUGGAGCCGGAAUGCACCAUUUUCCUGAAGCCAUUCAGAUUAGCCACUUCCUUCAUCCAUGGAUGGCCAACACUUCGAGGCAGCAACUACUGGUCAGUGGUAAUAAGCCACCACCAACUAAGACCAAAAUCAUACAACUUACGCACUAACCAAGCGUCAGGGUCGCAUAGACAAGUAACGUCAUUAGCAGCUCUGGGAAUGGCUCCCAAGACUUGCAUAUCACUGUCUCCUGUCCAAACAGAAAGCGUUCAUGCACUCCUUGACCUUCGAACUGUGAAACCAGUCAUCGAAAAAUACCUCUGCUUAUCAAGACACCACAAAAUCCUCUCCUGCACUGUGGCAUCCUUCAGCCUUGCUGAUCUUGGAGAACAGGAAAUAUUGAUAUAUGGCUGA